AUGUCCAACAAACUACCUGUGAGCGACGGAAACACAAUUGUUGAUAGCCCGAAAAUUGCGUUUUCAAAGCCCACAUUUCCUGAGGGUUAUUCAACCGAACUGGAUAGUGUUGGACAGCCCUUUGCGAAUGCUGAGUCCGAAUCCCUGUUUUACGCCAGUUCAAUCUACAAACCGAAUGGAUUAGGUUCGAAUGAUAGUCCUCAUUGUAUGAAUGAAGAAAGUGCUCACACAAAACCAAAUUUACCCACAGAUAUCACAAAUUUUGUUCACUUAACAAGCAAGGCUCCGUACACGGAUCUGCAUUCACUCGAUCGCGCUAUUGUGGGCUACGAUGAGCGAAAUACAAUGGUGCAAUCAGAAUCUAAUCGCCUACUCGGCGGUGCCUUCUUGCCCAAUCACUUCCCGGGUACGACUAAAGAACAGAUCAUGCCCCUUUUGCUCAAAAGGUCGUACGAUUCUGCUGAGUUAUCCGCGAGUACGAAUGAAUUUCACGACCUGGCACAAUCGACCGCAAAAAAAGACGAGACCCGAUUGACCAGAGGAGGAGGAUGGCUUCCCGGUGCGAUUUCAGCUGAUUCAUUUGACACAUCCCGCCAUCCAAACUUUCCAGCAUUUCAGCCACCGAUUCGAGAUUUCAGUCGACACGAAACGUGCGACACGGCGGCAGUGGUUCAUCAGUUGGUCAACAGUACUCCGUAUCCAUGCCAUCGACAUCCAUCCUCACCCGACAAUCCUGUUUUCCGUUUGGACAGACAGGUACCGAAUAAUUUGGGUCAAAUGGAUGAAUCCACGGAGUUGGACGGGACCAGUUUUGAUGCGUAUGCGAAAAUUCCCUCUCUAAUGCGCAUGAAUCAAACCGAUCCCACUAUUCCCACGCAUUCGGUCGGGCGGUGUCAUCGGGACGGAUCGAUGGAUCCGUCCAUUAUGGUCCCGUUCCAACCGCCACCCUUGUUUAUGCCACCACCAAAUGCGCUGACCAAUCCGUACCUUUCCUGCUCUCCCUUUCCGAAAUCCGACGGCGAUGAGGCAGAAAAUCCCGGCUCGUUGAAUCCAAUCCCAUGGCCAGGACCGAAUGGGCAACUGAAUUUCGGUCAAAACACAAAUCAAUCCAUGGAGUUAAACACCGCCCGGCGUCGAAAUGCCACACGAGAGAGUACCAACACCCUCAAAACAUGGCUUCAGGAACAUAUCAACAAUCCGUACCCGACAAAAGGUGAAAAAAUCAUGCUGGCCAUCAUCACCAAGAUGACACUCACACAAGUCUCCACCUGGUUUGCGAAUGCUCGAAGAAGGCUGAAAAAGGAGAAUAAGAUGACCUGGACCCCGAAACAUCGGGGCGAAGAGAUUAACGAGGAUGGGGAUGAGGAGGAAGAUUUACGUUCGGAUGAUGAUCAGGGCACCACAACAAACGAGGAUGUCCUGACCGAUGAUGUCGGUAGUCCAUCGCAGGACAAGCCUAAUAAACGCUAUUGUCCAAGCCAUAAUGACCAAUACCAGCAACAGUCAACACCGAAAUUGCUUCACUCGGUCAAACGAGAUUAUAAAACCGGCCGUGUUGACUCACGCGGAGAUUCCGGGGGACACUAUCAAACGAGAUUAUUACCAACUACAUUUGUGGAUCCGGAAUCCACGCGAAUGCCGACAGAAUCGGAUCUGUUAGAACAGCGAAUGCGUCGAUCCAAUUCUCCGAACAACUCGUAUCUACGCCGAUCACUAGACGAGUCGGAAGCCGAUUCUCCGGCUGCGAAAUUUGGUAAAACAUCUCCCGAUCCUUUUACUCCACAUAUCUCUGCCCUACAUCCGCUUGUGCACCAGUCUCACCACCACCAUCAUCAUCAUCGUCACCACCACCAUCAUAGUCGUCCGCACCAACCACAACCACCAACACAACAACAGCAUAUGCUUCAUCAUCACCAGCAGCAGCAGCAGCAGCAGCAGCAGCAGCAGCAGCAACAGCAGCGUAAUCAUCUUGGGACACCAAGUAUCAGUGAAUCGAAUUCCGUGUAUACCGGUCGAGGAAACACUUCUAUGUCUACCCCGCCGCCGAUUGUGGUUCCAAAUCAAGGGUUAGAGUCCACGGAAUCGACAGAAAAUCCCAUCCCUGGACAAACGCUGCACCGUUUUGGCUCAGCAGAAUCAAACGUCAAUUACAACUGGUCCGGACUAUUUUCGCGAACAGAUGCUCAACUGGAUCCAUCCAGUUCAGCGGAUUUGCCACUCGGUCCCUUGGUUUCUAUGUACGGUUCGAUCAACACUUUUAACACAGCCAGGAAUCACACAGACCCACCUUACAACGCAUUCACGUCGAACCUUGAAACGUGGCGUACGGGACCCAGUGAGUCUAUCAAUUCACUGUUCAAUGGAAAUUUGAGCACAGGCUAUGCGCAUCCACCCCAUACAGUUGAACCGUUCUAUCACCGAUUAUGUGGUAUUCCGAAUUCAUUGAAUCUGUUCGGGACUGCCGCAGCAGCAACAACAACAACAACAACAACAACAACAGCCGGUAAUCCCCUGGAUAUGGACAAUUAUCCGAACCGUUUUACACAAGUGCCUAAACAAACCGAUCGCGUCAAAGAAUUGGAUCCGACGAGUCCUAGCUCGAACACAUCUCCGUCGCAUAUUCCAAAGGGAGUAGGUUUGACAAGUAGUGAUCUAAUCCCGACCGGUGCUACUCAUCGGUCGGAUUCCGGAAUCCGAUCGCAAUCACCCAACUGGACUGAAGGCAUCAGCGAGGAGAGACGUAUCACCGAGCCGUACGAUUCCGUCCCGCAAGAUACACUAACCGCAACGGUCAGCCCACUUCAUUCAUCGAAUUCUUCAUCCACACCAGCAUUCGGAUUUUCUACUUCACCCAAACCGGCCAGUUCACACGAGUCUCAAAUAGACGACACCGGUGUAUGGAAUAUGGACUGCUGUCGUCAAACCACCGCGCGUACUUCUUAUUAUGCCCAACGAUCGACAACAGAUCCGCUCCUGAUUCCUCCUACCUUUUCCUCUGUUGGUAUGAACUCAUUCCUGGUGAACAAUACGGACAUACAAUUCUCUCUCUCAUCUUCCUGA